GCACAUGGAUAAACAAAACUCCUUCACACGACACGUGGCAUUUAAAAAGAGGUCCAUUAAAAUCCAUUAUUAUUGGGUUUGGGCCCAUGUUUAAAUAAAUACUCCAGGCUCUACUCUAGCCCAGUUUGCCUCUUCGUUUGAAGAACAGCGAGCAGGCGCAAUAAACUUCUCCUUCCUUUCCAAUUUCCGCUUCACCUGCAUCAUUGUGCCAAUUUUGAUGAACCUUCCCUAAAGAUUGCCUGCCACCUUGUAUUUUACACUGUUUUUGUUCUGAUCCAUGUUAACAUUUUAUGUCUGGAAAUUUGCUUUCCAUGAGGAAAAUGAGACGUCCGGUCAUGGCUGUCUCCUCUUCUUUCUUAUUUGCCUUACUUCAUCAUAGGCAUUAUAGUGUUGAUAGGACUUGCAGAUGCCAGUUCCCCGUUUAUUGGAGUCACAGGUCAGUUUGCGGGACCUCUGACUCCUCUUCGAGCAACUUAAAGACACUAAAUGCAUUUUCAAGUCUUAAGGAUAGGUUGAUGCUAUUUUCAACAAUGGCUGGUACAAUCUUGGUUCAGGCUCGAGACCCAGCUAAACUGAAUAUGGAAAUACUUAAUGCAAUUGAUGAGCGCAGAUACAUUGAUACAUGGAAGCUGUAUGAACAGCACAUGCAGAUGGAAGGGUUUCCUCGAAAAUCUGUUGUGAACAGGCUUCUGACGGGUUUUGCGGAAAGCCUUGAUGUUCAAUGGCUUGAGAAGGCUUAUGGUGUGGUUGAACAAGCCUUUGAGGAGAGUAAACAGAACUUGUUGGAAAAGGUGCCUCUGAUUUAUCUUUCUCUUGGUCUUGCCAAAUGCAGUUUGUCAGUUCCUGCAUCAACCAUUCUGAGAAAAUUGGUAGAAACAGAACAAUAUCCUCCUGUGACUGCUUGGUCAGCCAUCUUGGCCCACAUGUCACAAACGGCUCCUGGGGCUUACCUGGCUGCUGAAUUGAUUCUUGAGAUAGGUUACUUAUUCCAGGAUGGGAGGGUGGACCCCCGUAAGAAGAGCAAUGCACCUUUAAUUGCUAUGAAGCCUAAUACUACUGCUUUCAACAUUGCUUUGGCUGGGUGCCUCUUGUUUGGGACAACAAGGAAAGCAGAACAGCUUCUUGACAUGAUGCCUCGACUUGUUGUAAAAGUUGAUGCAAACUUGCUGAUUGUAAUGGCACAUAUAUAUGAGAGAAAUGGGCGAAGAGAAAAGCUGAGAAAACUUCAGAGGCACAUAGAUGAAGCUUGUAACUUGACUGAUAUUCAGUUUCGGCAGUUUUAUAAUUGUUUGCUUACAUGCCAUUUAAAAUUUGGUGAUCUUGAUUCUGCCUCCAAUAUGGUUUUGGAAAUGCUUCGGAAAGCAAAGGAAGCACAAAAUUCUCUAGCUGCUGCAACACUUGUGCUUGAAGCUGCUGGAAAUGACAACAGGCCCCUUGGUACUCACGUUUCUGGGUCAAGUCAGAGCCAACAAGAACCCAAUAGCUUGCAUAACAAUAGUUUAAUUGCGAGUCAGAUUAUAUCUUAUGAUGAGUUCUCUAGAGAUAGAAAUUUUGUUAAACUUGGAAAUGAGGCUAAGGAAAUACUUCUUACUUUACUAGCUAAGCUGCAGACACAAGUCGAAUUGAUUACAACUGAACAUGGAAUUCUCCAACCAACAGAAAAGAUUUAUGUGAAAUUGGUUAAGGCUUUUCUUGAAGCCGGAAAGAUCAAGGAUUUGGCUCAGUUUCUUAUAAAGGCAGAGAAAGAAGAUUCCCCAGUUUCCAAUGAUGAUUCGGCAUUGGUUCAUGUUAUAAACUCGUGCAUUUCACUUGGGUGGUUAGAUCAAGCACAUGACCUUUUGGAUGAGAUGCGUUUUACUGGGGUUAGAACUAGUUCUUCCGUAUAUGCAUCCCUCUUAAAAGCAUACUGUAAAGCAAACCGACCAGGAGAAGUCACAUCACUUCUAAGAGAUGCUCAGAAGGCUGGGAUCCAACUAGAUUCCAGUUGUUAUGACGCACUGAUACACUCCAGGGUGCUUCAGCAUGAUACUCAAGGAGCACUCCAUCUAUUCAAAGAGAUGAAGGAGGCUAAGAUACCCAGAGGUGGUAAUCAAGAAUUUGAGAGGUUGGUUAAGGGAUGUGCAGGCAAUGGUGAAGCAGGGUUAAUGGCAAAGCUAUUGCGAGAGAUCAGGGAAGGGCAGAAACCGGAUAGUGGAGUACACGAUUGGAAUAAUGUAAUCCAUUUUUUCUGUACGAAGAGGUUAAUGCAAGAUGCUGAAAAAGCUCUGGCGAAAAUGAGGAGUCUGGGGCUUGCUCCGAAUGCUCAAACGUUCCACUCUAUGGUCACCGGAUAUGCUGCAAUCGGAGGAAAAUACAUCGAGGUAACGGAGCUUUGGGGUGAAAUGAAAUCACUUGCUUCUUCCACCCCAAUGAAAUUCGAUCAGGAACUUCUGGAUUCUUUUCUAUAUACAUUUGUAAGGGGUGGAUUUUUUGUUAGAGCAAAUGAAGUUGUGGAUAUGACGGAAAAAGGAAAUAUGUUUAUCGACAAGUACAAGUAUCGGACCCUCUUCUUGAAGUACCAUAAAACACUUUAUAAGGGCAAGGCUCCUAAAUUCCAGACAGAAUCCCAACUAAAGAAGAGGGAAGCGGCAUUGGGUUUCAAGAAAUGGGUUGGUUUAUGUUAACCAGAUUCGUCUGACUG